CUCUCUUUCUCAAAAGUUGAAGAAGACAAUAAAAUGAUUGAAGCCUUUAUAAUAUAACAAGAGUCAAUAGUAUUGGGGCUCUCAAAUCUGUGGUAUAAAGAUGAAAGCAACACCUCAAAUAUUACUAGCAAAUUAAGAGAAAUUGAGUGUGUGUGUGUGUGUGUGUGAGAGAGAGAGAGAGAGAGAGAGAGAGAGAGAGAAUGGCUCUUGAAGCACUCUCUUCAAAUGAGCUUCUCAACUUCAUCAUGUUUGACACAACCCCAUUCAAUGAAGCCAGCCCUCCCGAGCUCGGCAGCUGCUCCUCCAUGUCGCCGCCGCAGCCGCCGGAGACGGCGGCGCAGUGGCGCAAGAAGCGGCGGAGGAGGCCAAAGGUUUGCAAGAACAAAGAGGAAGCCGAAAAUCAGAGAAUGACUCACAUUGCCGUUGAAAGAAACCGCCGAAAGCAAAUGAAUGAGCAUCUCGCCGUCUUGCGCUCUCUCAUGCCCGAAUCUUAUGUUCAACGAGGUGACCAAGCCUCAAUUGUUGGUGGUGCAAUUGAAUUUGUGAAGGAGCUAGAGCACAUUGUGCAGUCACUAGAAGCCAAGAAGUAUGCAUUAUUGGAUAAGAAGAAUGCCACAAAUGAUGAAAAUGAAAACCAAACCCAAACCCAAACCCAAAACAAUAGCCCUUUUACACAAUUCUUUGCAUACCCACAAUUCAGCCAACUAAGCAACAAAUACACAUCUCAAACCUCUGCCGCCAUCGCGGACAUAGAAGUAACCUUAAUCGAGACACACGCCAGCAUUCGAGUUUUAUCGCGGAGGCGUCUCCGGCAGCUCUCCAAAUUAGUGGCCUCAUUCCAAUCAAUCUUCCUCACAAUCCUCCACCUCAACAUCACCACACUCGAAUCACUCGUGCUAUACUCCAUCAGCGCUAAGGUGGAAGAGGGAUGCCAACUCAAUUCAGCAGACGACAUAGCCGGGGCAGUGCACCACAUGCUGAGAAUAAUUGAGGAGGAAGCCAUCCUAGGUUGUCACAACUAGUCUCCUCUAUAUAUAUAAAUAUCAGUAAAUCUUAUUGAACCUUGUCACAUCGAUUGUGUGUAAUUUAGGAUUUCAUUUCAAAAUAAUCACCCCCUUUUGCUCA